CGUUCGUUGAUAGUGGUCGCGAUUCGCGCGCAGAUCGGGAAGGAAAUUCCUUAUAAGAUACGUUUGCUAAUUAAGCCUUUUUUCGGACAAAACAUCAACCGUUAGUUCGUCGCGGGUGUGUGUCCAGAAGUCCGAGCAACGAAAGAAAUUUAAAUUUAGGAUCGCUAAUUAAUGGGAGAGGACAUUUCUGUUGAGCUCAAUCUCCCAAAUUAGGAAGAUCGUAAUAUCAAAGAGAUACCGACUGUGGCCGUCGGGUGCAGUGAAGAGAAAGAUACUUGUUUUGUGUGUGAAAUUUCUCAUCGCGGUCCCACUGAGGACGGAACAUAAAACGCAAGAAAGGUGUGUGCGGUGAUCAAGUGCCAAAGAAAAAGAGUCAACAUCGAUCGGAAGAAGUGUUGCACGCAUCGCUCGAAGUGACGACCGAAGAGAAACAGCAAUAUCACCGAUCAUUUGCAAACACUUGAAGCUUGCUGCUUACAGCAACGGUCAACACCCACCGAGAGGAAACGGAUUCCAAACGAGUAACAGCAUCCAUUCCUCAAAUAUUUGGCCCGAAGGCAAAUCCCGGGAACUAGUUUACUGAAGAGCAUCUGGACGUUGAGCGGAUCUAAAACGAAUCAUGUCACGAAACCUGUCCCAUUGCACCGAACUGUGUAAUGCAAAUCACAGCCAUCCCCAUUGCCACCGGAGCUGCACAUUUUUCACUCGACAACGGAGAGCCACACAUGUUUGCCGUCGUCUUACGCUGACCGGCAAACUGCCGGCGAUGGUCACGGUGCUCGGUGUGCUGCUGGCCGGACUGGGGCCGGCAACGAUGGCGCCGGCCGGAGACGAAAGUCUUAGCAUAACGAAACGAUUUAAUGGAGAAUACAGUGACUACGACUAUAAAUUAGACGCCAAUCCAUACGAAAGCGCGUUUUAUAAAUAUAAUCCAGCAGAGAAGAAUAAAAGCGGAAGGCAAGAUGCAAUUUUAGAGUACUUUCCUGUACGCCCACAAGUACUGGACGAAGAUGAACUGCUGGUCAAUCGACUGAACAUGGUGGCCGGAGCGGUUGGAAACACGCUGUCGCAAAUCCUCUUCGGCACGAACGAGCUCCGAUCGGAGGUGACGUUUUGGUGUGCCAAUCGGGAUCACGCCCAUUAUAUGCAGGUGACCGUCAACGACCCGGAAGUGCACUACAAGGUGGACGUGUCGAAGCCACUGAUGAUGCUGGCCCACGGCUGGACCGAUAACGUGAACAGAAGCUGGGUAAAGGACACGGUGGCGGACUACAUCGGGAAUAUUGGCGGAAAUGUGUGCGCCGUAGACUGGAGCCGGUUGGCGCUGGUCGAAUACAAUUUGGCAGCGAAGAGCACUCCGAAGGUUGGUCGCUAUUUGGCCAAGUUUGUCAAGUUUCUGCUCAAACAGGGUCUGACGAUGGAUCAGGUGACCCUGGUUGGUCACAGCAUGGGGGCGCACAUCGUUGGCAUUGCCGGACAAUCGUUGGACGGUACGGUACCGAUGAUCAUCGGGUUGGAUCCGGCUGGACCGGCGUUCACCAAGCCGUACCUGGUGUCGGAGAACAAGCGACUGGACAAGAGCGACGGGAUGUUCGUCCAGGCCAUACACACCGAUAAGGACAUCAUUGGAACCACGAUGAACGUGGGUCACCAGGAUUUCUUCACCAAUAGUGGGGCGAGCCCACAGCCGGGAUGCGAGUUCCCGCUAGUCAAUAAUGAUAUUACCAAGUCGUAUCUGCAAUUUAUCUGCAGCCAUUUCAAAGCAGUGGAAUACUUUCGUGCCUCCCUACACAAGGGGAAUAUCUUCGAGGGCACCAACUGCAACACGUACAACAACUACAAGCGAGGUGAAUGCACCAAUAAUGCCCGCGCGGACUUCGGUCUGUUCAACAACAAACUUACCCUGGGACCGUUGUACAUCACGAUAGACAAAACCGUAUAUCCGUACGCCAAGUCGAUAGCCAGAGGAAAUAGAUGAACCUUUGCGUUGAACGUG